AUGCCGCCUCGUUUCAGCGAGAUCCUCGACUCGGAAGAUGAAGAUGAUCUCGUUGCUGUAAAUNNGUCUCCUCCCCCGGUGGCGACAAGUCGAAGCGGGGAAGACGCGCUGGGUGACAUGUGCAUGGUCGAUGUAGAUCAGUCUACUGCGAGCACCGAAGAGCUGCUGCGACGAGCCCAAGUCGCUCUGAUGGCCCCUACCCAAGAAGAUGCCCCUGUCGUCAACUUCUCUGACCUUGCCGCUACCUCAGUCGACACCUCGCCCUCGAGUACAAACAAGAAGCGCCCCUUGGUCGACACAAAUCCCGAACCUCGUUCGUCUGGAAAGCUCAAGCGCAUUAAGAUUGUUACAAAGCCCGAGUCUCAAUAUCUUCCUGCCGACUUCGCCAAUCCGCCUCCCAUUCUCCCUUUCGAUGGCACUAACGACACCAUCCCCGGCCCUACCCUGCCAUCUGCAGCUGGUUAUGACGUGCUCGACGAGAAGAGCACCCCUAAGCCUCGACAGCGCAACUCCUCUCAGAACCAGCAUUCUUCUUCCGAUCAGAUAAAUAGUCUUACUCCAUGGUCAGGCACUGCUGUUGCAAGUAGUGAUAGAAUCAAUUCCGACGAUGCCAUUGGUCUUCCCAAGGAGAUGUACAUCCCGAGACCCAGCCGCUCGAGGUCUGCACAGGUCGACACAAGUUAUAUUGACUACAACCUGACCGUCGAGAAAGCUGCCAAGAAGUCAAGACCCAAACGAUCCAUCACAGACACUGCCGACCGUGUUACCUCUGCGCCAAUCUUCCCAGAACAUUCCAUCGAUCAGGCUCCUGAGUUCGAACGAUUGUCGCCAACUCCCGAAGCCUCUCGUCAGAAGGACUCGCCGCAUCUGGCAUCCACUGUACCCGAGUCGAUUCAGGCUCCAUCCUCGUCAGCCAAAUCGUCAAAGUCGAUGAAGAAGACCGCAAAUACGAAACAGCCUGCUAAACGAGGACGCCCGAAAAAGACUGUCGUUGAAGACGAGGAAGACGAGCUGGCUCAUGAGAAUGUUGCUUUGACCACAACAACCAAAACACCCGCAUCAACUACCAAGACUGAGGUCCAGGUCCUCAUAGAGGCAAGACCCGAUCCAGCUUUGGCAGCUAAGGUACUUGCAGAGCUUAGACAGCACAAAUCGAGAGAAGUGACUCCAGAAUCACUGCAGAAACGGCCGCCACAGGAAGACACGUCUGCGCCAUCUCAAGAAGCGAUCACCGANAAAAUGAAGGCCGAACCCGAAUCCAAAGCCGAUGAGGAGUCUGAGGAUGAUAUUGUAAAGCCCAGAACCAAUGCCAGGACCAAAGCUAGGGCUAAGUCGAAAGCCAAAUCGAAGACGCCGGAGCCAUUUUACAAGGAAGACGAUGAUUCUGAGCACGAAGUCUAUGACGAAUACGCAGAAGAGGUCAUCAAGCCAAAAUCGAAGAGCAAGGCAAAAGCCAAGGCCAAACCGAAAGCGAAGGGAAAAGCAGCGAAGGCCGUUGUCGUACCAGAUCCACCUUCAGACCACGAGGAAGAAGCCCAUGAGACGCCACCAGUAGACGAGGAUGAUGAAUCAGAAGCCGAUCACAUCUCUGAAGCAGAGGAAGACUCAGAAGAAGAAUCCCCAAACCCAAAAUCCAAGGCCAAAGCAAAAGCAAAGCCUGAACCUAAGUCGAAAGCGAACGCCAAAUCCAAAGCAGCGACUCCGAAACCUGCUGCUGUCACACCCAAACCAUCUCCUCCUGUUCCUGCAGCAGAAACACCAAAACUUGCUCCUGUUGAAGUGCCCAUCCCGGCUGCAGUCGCAACGCCCAAAGUCACUACCACAAAGAAGGAUGCAAAGUCGUCGGCCAAACCCAGCUGGCAACAAUCGACGUAUCGGGUGGGACUGAGUAAGACACAGCGGAUUCCUUCGCUGCUCAAAAUUCUCAAGAAGUGA